AUGAAAGAUGUAGUUGCCAGUUUUUUCGGACUUUUCGAUCACAAGAAAGAAAAAGAGAUACAAAAAGAACCAGAAAAAGAACAAGAACAAGAACAAGAACAAGAACAAGAACAAGAACAAGAGCAAGAACAAGAGCAAGAACAAGAGCAAGAAAAUGAGAGAGAUAAAGAUGAGGAGUAUUUGGUACCCGAUGAUCCUGAAAUGGUAUAUCCUUAUGAGGAAGAUAAGGAUAAGAAUCGCCAACAGCCCCCUCAUCAAGUUCCCAGACACUCCAAUCCAGUUCCCAGACACCCCGAUAAUCAAAUUCUCCUGAUCUCCCAGAAUCAAUUUCUCAAACACCAUUUUGAGAAUCCCGGAGAUAUGAUUGAUGAUAAUUAA